AUGUCGAAGCGAGGACGUGGUGGUUCCGCCGGGAACAAGUUUCGGAUGUCGCUGGGUCUACCAGUCGCGGCGACGGUGAACUGUGCCGACAACACCGGAGCCAAGAACCUCUACAUCAUUUCGGUGAAGGGAAUCAAGGGAAGGCUCAACAGGUUGCCAUCGGCUUGCGUAGGAGACAUGGUUAUGGCUACUGUGAAGAAAGGUAAGCCUGAUCUCAGGAAGAAGGUCAUGCCUGCUGUUAUUGUUCGUCAGCGCAAGCCCUGGCGCCGAAAGGACGGUGUCUUCAUGUACUUCGAAGAUAAUGCUGGCGUCAUUGUGAAUCCCAAAGGUGAAAUGAAAGGAUCUGCUAUAACUGGUCCAAUUGGGAAAGAGUGUGCUGAUCUGUGGCCAAGGAUUGCUAGUGCUGCCAAUGCUAUUGUUUAGAAGUAUGAAUUCCAAUUUAACGGAAUCCUUAGUUCUGUUGGUCUUCUAAAAUUUUAUGUAGUUUCUGUUGGUCUUCUAAAGUUUUCUAAGUAGAUGGUUUGUUCUAUGGAUUGGUAUUUGGUUUUUCGUAUGGGAUUUUUGUACAAACUAAGAGGCCACCUCUUGUUUGAGGUUUCAAUUCGACUCUUAGAUGGCAUCCAUGUAUUACUUUUCUAGAAAGAUAUAACCAUUCUUAGUAUUUUGGUUUGAUUUUCCUUUGUUAGUUUUUU